UAGAAGUUUAAAAUUAACAUAUCCAACAAAGAUUUUCAGAUGAGGAAAAAGUAUUCAAUCGAAUAACUUAAUAUAAUAAUCGAUAUUAUUUUUGAUCUUUCGAAAUCACAGAACUCUAACUGAUUACGCUUCAGUGAUUACAGAAUCAUAGAUUGAUGAAAUAAAUGCUUAACAAAGACAAAGAAUUAUUUCCCUCUUGCUCUAUCUUACAUGGCUUGAGAUUUUGCUUCUCUCUUUUUCAAGGUAAACAACCUGUACGCUUCGUAUCUACCUGUCCUUUUAAUUUACCCGUUUAUUCAAAUAAUAAAAAUAAACUUGUGAACGAUAAUUAAAAAUGUAGUUAUUAAUGUAAAAAUAUAUUACGGUGUUUCCAUAGUAACGUUCUUCGAUGACAACAAUGAAAUAGUAGGAUUGAAUUGAUAAUAGUUCUAGUUAAACUUACUAAAAUGGAAAUAAUAUAGUUACCAAGUUAUUCAAAAUGAGAUAUAUACCCAAGUGGGUAGACAAAAUACAGGAUACUGAAAAGACUGCUCAGAGCCCAUCAAAAUCGGCAUUCUCAUUCCGUUUAGGUAGCAGUAAACCACAUCCAAGUACUAGACAACUGAGUAUUUAUGAUUUGUGUUUUAAACCAGAUGGAACGCAAUUAAUUGUGGCAGGUGGGCAUCACGUUUUAGUAUAUGACACUAAUGAUGGUACAUUAAUUCAACUCCUCAAAGGUCAUAAAGAUAAAGUUCAUGCUGUGUGUUAUGCCAAAAAUGGGGAGAAGUUUGCUAGCGGCAGUGCUGACAAAACGGUUAUUAUAUGGUCGAAUAAACUGGAAGGAUUAUUAAAAUAUAGCCAUGGAGAUUCUGUACAAUGUCUUGCGUUUAAUCCUUUAUCUCAUACUUUGGCGUCAUGCGCCUUAUCGGAUUUUGCAUUUUGGAGCACAGAACAAAAAUCCGUUCAAAAACACAAAAUAAAUGCCAGAAUUAACUCCUGUUCAUGGACAAAUGAUGGUCAAUAUUUAGCUUUAGGAUGUAAUAAUGGAAUUAUAUCGAUACGCAACAAACAAGGUGAAGAAAAACAUAAAAUAGAAAGACCAAAUAAUCCUGCUAUUUGGGCUUUAAGUUGGUGUCCCAAUAGAGAUGAUCCUAAUGAUACUCUUUGUGUCACUGAUUGGAAAAAGAAUUUAUCAUUUUAUACUUUAGGUGGGAAACUUAUUGGAAAAGAAAGACAAAUUGGUUAUGAAGCAUUACGAGUAAGAUAUUUUGCACAAGGUGAAUAUAUAUUGAUCGGCGGAUUAAAUAUGGCUUGUACAAUGUAUACCAAAGAGGGAAUUAAAUUAGGUUGUAUAGGUGAUACACAGACUUCAUGGGUAUGGAGUUGCGAAGCUCAUCCGAGUGGAAAUUUUGUGGCUGUCGGUUGUGAAGAUGGAACUGUGUCUUAUUACCAAUUGGUCUUCAAUAUGGUACAUGGAUUAUAUAGAGAGAGAUACGCUUUUAGAGAAAACAUGACUGAUAUAAUAAUUCAACAUUUGAUCACUGAACAAAAAGUUAGGAUUAAAUGUAGAGAUCUAAUCAAAAAAAUUGCUAUAUAUACGGACCGUUUGGCGGUACAGUUACCGGAAAGGGUCGUCAUCUACGAGUUAUACUCAAAAGAUAGUAACGAUAUGCAUUAUAGAGCUAAAGAAAAAAUAACACAGAGAUUAGAAUGCAGCCUAUUAGUAGUUUGCUCGGAACAUCUUGUUAUAUGCCAAGAAAAAACACUUCUUAGCAUGUUUUUUAAUGGGGAAAAAGAGAAAACUUGGGCGUUUAAAAGUCCUAUCAGAUAUAUUAAAAACAUUGGUGGACCUCCUGGCAAGGAAGGUUUAUUAUUAGGUUUGAAAAACGGACAAGUUUGGGAAGUGCAUCUGGACAAUAUUCAUCCAUUGUUAAAAGUUACAGUUAAAGAAGGUAUUAGGUGUAUUGAUUUGAGCCAGCUGAAGCAAAAAUUAGCUGUUGUUGAUGAUUCCGGUUUAUGUCAAAUAUUUAAUGCUGUAACAGGAGAAUUGUUAUUUCAAGAAGCUAACGCUAACAGUGUGGCCUUCAAUAAUUUAUUCGAAGAUAUGUUGGUUUAUAGUGGAGAUAAUACUCUUUCAUUAAAGGUUGUGGAUUUUCCUGUACAUACUCAAACAAUGAGUGGAUUUGUAGUAGGUUUAACAGGAUCCAAAGUUUUUUGUCUCAACGGUUUUAGUAUGAAUACACUAGAACUACCCCUCAGUACCCCGAUGUAUGAGUACAUUGAUAAAAGAAUGUAUGAAGAAGCUUACAAAGUUGCGUGUUUAGGGGUUACACAAGGUGAUUGGGAAGAACUGGCUCACGCUGCUCUUGAACAUUUAGAAUUUAAAAUAGCUCGACUAGCUUUUGUCAAAUUACAGGAUUUUACUUAUCUAGAAUUGAUCGAUGAUUUACAGGAGCUUCAUCAAAAAGGAAAUUAUCCAAAAGAAGUAAUGUUGGGUGAUAUCUUAGCACACAAGGGUAAAUUAAAAGAAGCAGCAAAGAUAUAUCAAAGAGCUGGGCAUGAAUUUAAAGCAAUGACAAUGUAUACUGAUUUAAGGAUGUUUGAUGAAGCUCAAGAAUAUUUAGGUACAAAUGACAAUUCAGAUUUGAUAAGAAGAAAAGCGGAUUGGGCCAGAAACAUUAAUGAGCAUAAGGCAGCAGCUGAUAUGUACCUUUCUGUUGGAGACACAGCGUCCGCAGUACAAAUUUAUGCUGACAAUGGAUGGGGUGAACAGUUGAUAGAUUUAGCACGAAAACUAGAGAAAUCCGAAAGAAGUACUCUCAUGACUAUAGCCAAACAUCUGAAACGAUUAAAAUAUUCGUCUGCAGCUGCCGAAAUCUAUCGAAGACUUGGAGAUUCAGAAGCCGUACUCCGUUUACAUGUUGAAGCUAAAGAAUGGAAAGAGGCAUUCUCCCUUAUAAGGGACCAACCGCAAUAUAAUGUUUUAGUUUAUUUACCAUACGCCCAUUGGUUAGCAGAAAACGAUAAAUUUGUUGAAGCACAAAAGGCCUUUCAUAAAGCAGGCAAAUCUCAAGAGGCAUUCAAAGUAUUUAUCCAGCUAACAGAUAAUGCUGUUUCUGAAUGCAGAUUUCAAGAUGCAAGUUAUUACUAUUGGAUUAUGUCGAGGCAAUACUUGGAUAUGUCAAGAGAAAAUAAAGAAAAAACGGAACAAUAUUUAAAUUAUUUCAGAAUUAACGAAAAACUAGCAGAAAUCUAUUACGCUUACAACACGAUACAUAAAUAUUUAGAAGAACCGUUUACUUCAUAUAUGCCUGAAGCGCUUUUUAAUAUAUCAAGAUUUUUAUUGACAGAAGCAACUGGACAAAAACAGAGAAUUAAAGGAGUAUCUACAUUUGCUAUAUACUAUACAUUAGCUAAACAGGCAAAAAAACUAGGUGCUAAUAAGUUAGCCAAACAACUUUUCGACAAAAUUACACACCUGAGAGUACCUCUCAAAUUUCAAGAACAAGUCGAAAUAGCGACAAUAUCGAUUAGAGCGAAGCCUUAUAGCGAUCCGGAAGAACUACUACCCAUGUGUUAUCGUUGUUCUACUUACAAUCCUCUAUCAACAACAACUAACAGUUGUCUAAAUUGCGGGGAAAAAUUUCUUUAUUCAUUUGUAAGUUUUGAGUUGUUACCUUUAGUUGAAUUUCAUUUAGAAGAAAAUAUAAGUGAUCAAGAGGCAUUGAGACUCAUAGAAACUCCAGUUGAAGUUAAAAAGGAAGAAAAUUGGAAAGAAAAUAUAUCUGAAACCCAGCAAACUCUACAAUUGGAAGUUCCACCUGAGGAGGAACCUGAUCCGUUCACGACUAAAGUUACAAAAUCUGAUGAAUUUAAACCAAUAACGGUUGGAAGAAAAACGUUAUUAUCUUUGGAUAGUUCAAGUAUUUUAAUCUGUAUGUGGCCUCCUCCACUACGUCACACAUAUUUUAGAAACUUAUUACCUGAACUACACAUAACGAUGUGCAAUUUUUGUUUCAAAUGUUUUCAUAUUGAUGACUUCGAACUACAGAUGUUGCAAAACAAUCAUUGCCCAUUCUGUAGAAAUUCAAAUACCAGCUCCCCAACCCCCGACAACAAUGAGGACAUUAUUGUUUAAUAUUUAAUUUGUUAUUUAUAUUUUUUAGCGAAAAUAACAUUUAGGUAUAUAUAUUUUGUUAAGCGGAAAGUUGAAGAGUAAAAAUUUGAACUAUAUUCUUGCUUAAUAUGUUUUUUUGUUUUUAUCUCUGUAUGAGCUAAUGUUUUGACCAGAUAAUUAUAGUUAAACCAAUCCAGAACUCUAAACUAUCGAUAUUUUGGUUAUUUCACACAUUUUUAGUAUCAACAAACUAUAUUUGAAUAAAGUCCAAAUAAUUUUUUUCAUUUAUAAAAAUGUGUAUGUAACAAGGAAAAAAUCUCACCUGAUUUAAGUGAAUAAUCUAAAAUGUCUUUUAAUUCCAUCCAGUCUACUUCUUUGUCUUCUCCAGCAAGUCUCAGGAAGAAUUCAUAAACUUGAUGAAACUCUUCUUUUUCUUCUUCAGAUGGUUCUGUAUUUGCCUGAAGGAACAAUCAUUAUGUGCAAGAAAUUUAUCAAAUUCCGGUGAAUGCAACGGGCAAAACAUAGCAAAAAAACAAUUUUUGGAAAUAUAUACAGCUAAUAAUUAAGAUUCUAGGUAUUCUAUAUCCCAUAAUGUGAACCUUCCCAAAUCAUAUAUUUGUUUCAAUGGUAAACACUUGGAACCAAAGCUAAUGAAAGUAGAUACUCCAUAUUAAACAGUGUCUUGGAAACUAUGGAGAAGGAAGAACAGCUUCUGACAAUGCGCUGUAACUUGAAUGAAUAGAGAAGAAGAGAAGAGGAUGAAACACCUGAACACACAAUGUUUGCAUACACUGAGACAGGAAGCAAUCUUCCUGAAACCGUCAAUGCUCUGAGACUACAAAGACCUGUGAGACCCUAAUAAAACAGGAAUAAUAGAUCUUUUAGGUCUCUGUGCUUGUACAAACUUCUUAGAUUCUUGGUCUAUUUCCAAUUGUAUUUACUUUAAAGACAUAUAAUUUUUUUGUCAUUCAUUAACUAAUGAAACAGUUUAUAAAGUCUCGAUACCUUUCCCCUGUUUUAAAGAUUUCAACAGAUUCAGUGAAAACUGACGUUAUCCAUGUAUUCUAUUAUCAGAUAUUAUCCAAUUUUGAACUACUUCUACUUCUAUGUACGAAAAUCAGUAAGGAUUUUGAAUGCAUGUGAAAAAAAUACUGUUGCAUCGCUAAUCAAAUUAUGAGGGAUCUUUUGACAUUGAAAAAAAGUAUAAGUGAAGUUCAGCCAAUCAAUUUUUUGCUAGAUUACAAUUAGUUGGUACCUUUUUUAUUACAUGCAAGUUUCAAUUUUGGUUACUGCAAGCCGAUUGCGAGAUAAUAGAGGAGCACCAAUCUGUGUAGAUAUUAUUGGGAAUUCUCAGUCAGUUUACUAUUAUUACAGUUAUCUAAUAUUAUAAACAAGAGUUUCAGUUAGUUAACAUAGCAUUUAAAGCAGCAAAAAAAAUAGAAGCUCAAGCAAAGCUGUCUAUUUGUGUUUAUUUUAUUAAACUUACACUAUCCUCCACUUCACCAAAUCCUACAUCAUCAUCAUGCUCCCUAUAAAAAUUAAAUCGUUAAAGCAAAACAUCAAAGCAGCUUAUAUUAACCUGCCUUCAGGGAAGGGGGUUAAAAAAUAUACAUGUUAAAAUAACAGCGAUUUUGAAUAUAUUUUUUAUUUUAUUAACUCAAUGUUAUUCAUUCAACAUUUAAAACUUUUUUGUACAAAUUUAAAGCUACAUGAAUAUUUGUUAUUAAACAAGAGCAAAAAUAUGACGAAUAACUACGUCCUAAUGCAGAUUCAAAAUUUCUGAAAAAUAAAAAAUAUUGUCAGAUAACUACUUUUGGAGCAACACCCUAACAUCUGAAGUAGGUUAUUUAUUGUAAUAAUGAGAGCAUAUAGAUUCCAUAAAAUGUUCAAAUCUGCACUAAGAGAUUUUAAGAUUACUUUAGUUGAUUUUCUUGUAUAAAUUCACAAUUAAUAAAAAAAAUAGUAUAUAUAUAGCCACCAUAAGUUUAAUAAAUAUUUGGAAUAUCUAAAAGAAAGCUAUUUACACUCCAUAUUUUGAUAUUGAGUAAUCAUAAUCUCGUUUAAUACAAUCGAAAAUAAAAUACUACAGUUUUC